UAGAGGAACAGAGAGAAGCGACAUGUUUCACACAACCCUGACAUUUUCCACCAGGAGGGAAAAGCAGAAUGCUUCGAUUCGACCUCGCGAAACGGUGAGCAGUGAAAUCGUAAAUCAUAAUGACUUCAAUCGAUCUGGAAGAUCCCGAUUUGAUGUUGGCCCACCAGCUUCAGGAUCAAUUCGACCGUGAAGCAGUGGAAAUCAGUUCUGGCGAAGAGGAUCAAGCGAUCAAUAUUUCGGAUGACUACCAGCUGGCCGUUGAGCUCCAACGACACUUCAACGAAGAGGCAGUUGAGCUGUCCGACGAUGACGAUGUGGUGCAAGCGGUGGACAUUCCAACAGCAUCCGGAAGUGCCACUCCACGUGCCCCAACAGGAACUUCUACUACGGUUAUUGAAGAAGAUACGAUGGUAUCCGGUUCGGAGGUUAGGCCUUCUCGAGCGGAGCGAUUUGAGUUGAAUCCGGAUGAAUACUUUAUCGAAGAAUUGCAAACCUACGUCGAUUCAGAGAAUAACUUCGAGUGGAAGUUUAUUGAGGUCAUGCCGAACAUUAAGGCCAUUUUUAUGCGAUUGGAUGAAUUGUUUUUUCAAUCCCGUUUCAAGUCGAAAAACUUCAAUGUGAUUUGGAGUCAGGCCAUUGGUGAACAAUGUACCAAUCGAAACUUCAAUGAUGUUAAUGGACGCUACACGAUAGCUUUGAAUGAAACUUUGCUUGUUCUGAGACCAAGAAUCGAGAUCAUCAGUAUUCUGCUUCAUGAAAUGAUUCACGCUUACCUUAAACUCGAAGGCGUGACAGAAACCAACAAUGGUCAUGGAGCAAACUUCCGAAAGCUAAUGGUGUUCUUGAACCGAUCGCUGCAGACAACAAUUUCAUUCAGCCAUCGUUUGACAAACACGAACACCAUCUGUCGAACGCAGUGGUAUCGAUGCACUGGAAUCUGUCACAACUAUAAACCGUUCAAUGGAUUGGUCCGAUGUGCUGAAGAUGAACCUGGUCUGCACAACGAGUGGUGGAAAUCCCAUGCUGAAAAUUGUGGAGGGACGUUCUACAAACUAUAUGAAAUGAGCCGCAUCGUGGACGGUGAGGUAUCAACUCGGUUCGCGGUUAACGUGAGAUAUAUGAAGCCGAAACGGGAGAACAUUCGGGGCCGAUUCAAGUCUCAACUUGUACCGAAGGAAUCCAUUGACUUAACCAGUGAUCGUCCGCGAGUGAUUCCAACAGUGACCGAAACCAUUCCGCUAGAUGAUGAAGCCUAUACAGCGGAGGAUACCAAGGCUGCGGAUAAAUUCAUCCAGUACUUCAACCGCUCGGUUGCGUUGACACGCGACACUUAUGACAUGCAAUGCCCAAUUUGCCAGGAAAGAGUUAAGAGAAAGCUGUUUAGCGAUCACAUAGAUGGUUGCAAAGGUGUGGUUCAGCAGAUCAAUUGGAAGCGACCAGGAGCAAAGAUCGUACAGGAUGGUAUAGUUGAGCAUCGAGUGGGGUUACACGUUCCCUUUCGUCCCCCUGGAAGUGGUGGUCGAAACAACGAUGAAAGGCCUCUAGGAUCUUCUUCUACUAUUGGUGAUUACCAACGUAUCAAGAGACAACGAUUUUUCUAAAGCGAAUGCUGUAGUCUGGUUACGCAGGUUGAUCUGAUUUUAUUAUUUAUUCUUAUAAUGAAUGGAGCUUUAUUGAUCAUCAUAGGCUCCAGUUUUUUUUUAAAUAUACCGUGAAAGUACCAUAUUCUGUGCACCUAUAGAACCUUAUUUUGCGCACUUCGUAAUAGCUUAUAAAAAGUGAAAUAUGUAUUGGAGUAGUUUCGCAAAAUGUUGCAUAAAUGGGUAAAAUCAACAGCUACGUGUAGAAUAAGGGACGUUCAAGGUAUUUGUUCAAAACAUUUUCGAAUAAUAAUUUUGGUUUUCUCCGUUUA